CUCAUUUGGUUAUGGUGCUCGCUAUUCAAUUGUCUGACCAAUUGAACAUUUGAACAGAAAUCCAAGCUUGCCGUUGUCACUCGAUGUUUCCACCAGUUACCCGGACGAAGAUCCGGCUCCACUAAUCGCGAAAUAACUUAUCGCGCAAAGUCCAUCUCCGAAUCCUAUGCCAAAUCUUUUCGCUCAAUUGGGGACCAUGCUUCGCUGUUGACCUCAUCUGCUCGAUUUAUCAAACGAUUGCACCCUCUCUAUUUGAUUGAUUCAUCCCCGUUUUGGGUUGUUUUACAAGAUGAUAUUGUGCGCUUCCUCUUCCCCAUUGCGUCGCGCACUAUUACAAAAUGCUCCAACAUCAGGGAAGACCGUUCACCAUAAUAGAGUCAGGCAGUCAAUAUUACAACCUAAUUCUCGAUCUCAAUAUAUGACACUCUGCCGUAAUUCCACUAAAACUCUAUUCAAGCCUUGUUCGACCUAUUCCAAAAAUACACCAUCUACGAGAAAUUUUUCGCAAAAACCGAUUUCGUCGCUUCCAAUAGCAAACACCCCAACGGAGGUGGAGCAAAAGUCGACGGCACAAUACUCCCCUCCACAGACCGGAUUGAUUGCGCGUCUACCUCGGCGAUGGGUCCCGUACGCUGAGCUUAUACGCCUCGAUAAGCCCACGGGCACAUACUACCUCUUUUUUCCAUGCGCAUUUUCGACGCUUCUUGCGGCACCAAUCUCAUCGACAGCAACCCCCUUGCAUGUCUUAGGGACUGCCGGUUUAUUCCUUACUGGAGCCCUGGUGAUGCGAGGUGCCGGCUGUGCAAUCAAUGACCUUUGGGACAGAAAUUUGGACCCCCAUGUCGAGCGCACCAAAUUUCGUCCGAUUGCUAGAGGAGCAAUUUCUCCGGAAAAUGCUAUCGUCUUUACCGGCUUUCAACUACUAGCUGGACUUGGAGUUCUCCUCAGCUUUCCAACCCAAUGUUUGUGGUACGGCAUCCCUAGCCUGCUGCUCGUGGCAACAUAUCCUCUUGCCAAGCGCGUCACCUAUUAUCCGCAGGCUGUCCUAGGCCUUACGUUCUCAUGGGGUGCGAUUAUGGGGUUUCCGGCACUAGGGGUCGAUCUUCUUUCGAACCGUGACGCAUUGGAAGCUGCGGCGGCACUCUAUUCGAGCUGUAUUGCCUGGACCGUUCUAUAUGAUAUGAUCUACGCACAUAUGGAUAUCAAGGAUGACGUGGCCGCGGGAAUCAAAUCCAUUGCUCUUCGUCACGAAAACAACACGAAGGGCGUUCUUUCUGCUCUAGCCGUUGCCCAAGUCACACUGCUCGGCGCCGCGGGGGCAGCGGUCGGAGCCGGCCCUGUUUUCUUCGUUGGCAGUUGCGGAAGUGCCAUUCUUACGCUUGGCACCAUGAUCUGGAGGGUUCGUCUCAAGAGCGUUGAGAAUUGCUGGUGGUGGUUCAAAAAUGGCUGCUUGCUGACAGGUGGCGGUAUCACCGCGGGACUUCUUCUUGAAUACAUAGCUCAAAUCACUGGGUUCUAUGUAUCAAACGAAGAGCGGAAUCCUCCGGCACAAGAAGCUUCUGAAUGUUGACUUCACAGAU